AUGGAUCUGCUGUCAGAAGCCAGUCAGGGCUCCCGCGUUUUGGCUGCUAGGCACGUAGUGGAUAACCGUGUGCCAGAAAUCAACAAUGCAGUGAAUACCACACUGUUAUGCCACAGUUUUAGUAUAACACCCGAUACCGGAACAUAUUUUGCAGCUCUCAACACAUAUGCCUGGGUGCUGAUCCUUUGCGGGUUAUUUCUGUUCUUUGCGAUAUGUAUACUCUAUGGCAUAACGCUUCGGUCGGCGCUAAGCAAUUGGAGCGACUCGAAGUUAAAUGUAGCCGUCGUACUAAGUAUUUAUCCUAUAGUCGCCAUGGCGGGUUUUAUAACAAUAGUGGUGCCUCGAGCUAGGAUUAUAGCCGAAGCGGUAGCCCAAGAGUCUGUGAUGAUCGCUAUGUAUCAUCUGUAUUUUAUGAUCCUCGCUGAAUGUGGAGGAGCUCAUCAACUAGUCAGACGGUCUGGAGGAUCUCAAAUGGAGACCCGAGUGCUACCGUGUUGUUGUUGGCCCUGUUGUAUUUUACCACGACCUCAAGUCCACAAGAAAAGUCUAUCGUGGCUAAGAUAUUUAGUACUGCAGAUGCCCAUUUGCCAGGCCAUCAUAUACAUUAUAAUUCUUAUUCUUUGGGCGGAAGACAUGGAGUUAUACGUGAACAGUUUCGUAUUCAUCCAGCCGUUCAUAGCAGCCUCUAUUCUCUCAGGAAUAUGGGGUAUGAUGAUGUGCAUUCGAACGGCCGAGGCGACAGGAGCCAAACCCAGAGCGCGCUUUCUGGUGGUGCAAUUAGUCCUAGUGAUUGUGAAAGUCCAGUGUGGGAUAGCCAAAGUACUACCAGAGAUGUUUGUAAUGCCCUGUAUAAUGUCUUUACAUCCCUCCGUUGUUUCUAACAUGAUACAAAAUGUGCUGAUGAUGGUGGAAAUGUUCUUAUUAUCAAUAUGGGCCUGGCGACUCUAUACCAAACCACCAGGAAAAGUUAAGGAUAAAGUUCAACAAGUUGUGGUCGCUGUCCUCGAAGACAGCACCAGCUCACUUGAAAUUAGGUGUAAAGACUUUGCGGACGAAAAAAACACUGCCGAUUUUAAAAUGUAA